UUUUCGAUUUUUCUAACCUGGCCAGCCAUUCUCGAUAUUUUCAGUCAGUGACUCUUAAGUGACCGUUUAGUCUGGAAAUGGACCGGGGUUGGGAUUAUUGCUGCACCCACCCACCAACCAAUUUUAAAGAGUUCUCUUGCAGUGAACUCUGGCUCAAUUUGAACGCAUUUAGUUACUUGAAAUUUCUAUUUGUUUCCAUUGUUUAUGAUUUCAGGGAAUAUUCUUUGAAAAAAAUUCACAAAGUGAUUCUUAAACCAGACCCCAAGAAUGGCGAUCGUUUCUUGUUGAACCUCGAACUUGGCUUAGACAACACCGACCAAUCAUUUCGCCUGUCAGAACACGUGUAUCAGAAAAAAGGAAAUGACACCUUGUGCCUUCCUGAAGGAAUCAACUGGAAUAACAACGCUACAGUGUACUUCAUUCUCCCUGUUAAGGAGCAAGGAAACUGGGUGCAUCAUUUUAUUAAUCAGCUGACUGAUGCCAGCUUACUAACCGGUGAUACGAACUUUCACGUCAUAGUUGUUGAUUUUGAAAGUAAAGAUAUUGAUAUGGUCAAGGCGUUUAACACAUCUCUUCUCAGCAGCAGACAUACUAUUGUUUCAUUAAUGGGGAAAUUCUACAAGACUCUCGCUCUAAACAAGGCCGUUGAACAAGUCCCGAAUGCGCAUGACAUAGUUUUCCUGUUUGACCUGCAUAUUGAUGUGCCCGCAGACAUUAUGGACAGUGUUCGAAUGAACACUGUUGCUGGUCGCAUGGCUUACUUUCCUAUUGUUGGGCGUCUGGAAUGUCACAGUAAUCCCGUGGAACAUCGGGGAUUUUGGCAAGUAGAUGGCUAUGGGCUUAUGUCGAUUUAUAAAUCAGAUUGGGUCAGAUUUGGCGGAAUGAAUACAAAGGACUUCCAAACUAAAUGGGGCGGGGAAGACUGGGAUCUACUAGACCGUGUGUUGAUGUUACCGGUAGAAGUGGAACGAGUCAGACAUCCGGGACUUUAUCAUUAUUAUCACCAAAGCAAAAAGUGGAUAUAGACUGUGACAAGCUUGGUAACUGUGGACAUACAAUGAAAAGGAUCUGUUUUCGAUUUUAUGACGACCAGCAGAUCAUAACCUUCUAAUACAACACUAAGCUAACUACGAAUAAAAUACGAGAAACAGGACUGGGUACAUACAGACACUGAUACGAGUACAUACGGGAAGCAAACGUAUAUCAAAGAAAUAGCACUUCCGUGUUUCUAUCGAGUUUUAGUGUAAACUACUAGCGUUCUAUCACGAAGGC